AUGAUGGCCCACGUCAAAUUCAAGCCUAAAGCCCGUGCUGUCGGCAUCGCGCCACGCAUGGUCCUCCUCGCGCUCUGCUUCCUUUGGUUCACCCCGACCCAUGCCUUCUUCCGUCAUCUCUGUCACGGUGAACUGGGAAAUGGUCGCGUCGACCCCAUCAUGGCCCCUGGUAGUCCUGCCCAACAUCUUCACGUCAUGUUUGGUGCCUCUAAUAUGGGACUUGAUCCUACUCUCGACGAGCUUCUUGCUUCCAACUGUACCAGCUGCUCCAUCCUCCAAGAUCAUUCCGUCUACUGGAGUCCACGCAUGUAUUUCCAACAUGCCAACGGCACGUUCGAGAUGGUUCCCACUGACGGCGGUUUGACUGCGUAUUAUUUCACCGAGCCAUCUUUGGACGAACCAACCCCUGUGGUUGCCUUCCCUCAGAACUUCCGCAUGAUCGCAGGAAACUCUUUGAAGCGCGCCUUUUAUGGCCCGGUCCCAGAUCCUCAAAUGUCUUUCUGGACGGACAGCGACAAAACUCAACAAGCCCUGAUGGAAAAGGCCCUUGGCUUUAAUUGUCUCAAUUAUCAACUUCCACCAGAAGGUGCGCGAGAAUACCACUAUCUCCGUAACAAGACUUUCCUCGACGCCACGUGUGCGGACGGAGUGCGUGCCGAAAUCAUGUUUCCGUCUUGUUGGAAUGGAAAGGAUUUGGAUAGUGCAAAUCACACAACUCAUGUCGCGUACCCAGACGCAAUCCAAAAUGGAAGAUGUCCAGAGGGAUACCCCGUGCACAUCCCGGCCUUGUUCUACGAGACAAUCUAUCAAACCAAUCUUUUCAACGGCACUGAAGGCGAGUUCACAUUUGCCAACGGUGACCCAACUGGAUAUGGGUAUCAUGGAGAUUUUAUGUGCGCUUGGGACGAUGGGGUAUUGCAAAAUGCAAUCGACGAUCCAGCCUGCAAUCUUCCGUUGGGUGCUGCAGGCAACCAGGACGACUGUCCAAUCUUCAAACUCCAGAAUGUUGACGAUGGUACACAAUGCCAAAUGGAGGUGCCUGAGGUUCUUCAAACCGAGAAAAUCAACUUCGUCCAACAACUGCCUGGUAACGUGCAAGUUCAGGCCGGGCCUGCGCCUGCGACGAUUGGACCGAUACCUGGGGCUCCAUCAAAUGCCAACGCCACCAUGUCAGCUGCAGUCAUGUCCACGUUUUCUUCGCCCGCUGUCACCUCGAUGACAACGCCGUGCACAUCCAACAAUCGGUUCACAACCACGACCAGCUACAUGAGCAACGGCGUUAUGGUGGAUCUGAUCCUGGUUGAAGAAGUCGUGACUGUGACUUUGACUGCCAGUGUCAGUCCGGCUACCGACAAUCACAAACGUCACGCGCACAAGCAUGGCCACCGUCAUGGAAGAGAUCGGCUCUAA